AUGGCGAUUUAUCGUGCACUUGGACAUCUCCGAGAAGAGUACAGGGCCAAGCUCGACCCAUCAGACCUCGCCAUGAUUUCUCGAAGAGCUAGGAAUGGAGAUAUCAUCCGUACCGUAGAGGACGACUCCAUUCUUUCAUAUGUCCAAGACUUGGAGAGUCUCAUUAGGAACCGGGAAAUCCAGACGCGCCGAAACUCGAAGGUACACAGGAGGCUGUUGUUCCGUGAACUGGAACUGGAGGAGAAAGCACGCGCGGACUUCCUUGAACAUGAGGAAGAAGUCAAGGAUUUUAUGGAUAGAAUCGAAGACCGGGAUAAAUAUAUUGCCACACUGGAGGAGAAGAUGGACCUGGGAGAAGACCUUUUUCCGAGUGGAGAUGAUGGACCCCUCGGAAAAAACCCCGCGCGCCAGGCGCCAGGCCAGCAGACCCGGUCGCCGAGGCCGCAGCCCACCAGCACCGAGGCCGCAGCCCAGCGCCACGGCCUCCAGCCCAGCGCGCCACAUGCGCCGACCCUGAUCAUCCCCGAGCUCGUUCGCCCCUCGCCGGAGUUGCAGCUCACCAGGGCGCUGUCUCCGUCAUCCCGAUCGUCUUUGCCAUCCCCGAGCUCCACCAAGGCCGCCCCCGACUUCCCCAAGCUCCGCUGCAUCGCCCCGACGCCAUCUCCUUCCUCCCCGACGAUCGGAGCCGCUGCACCGCCAUCACCCGAGUCGCCGCCGUCGUCUUCGUCCGUCGCGGCCGUCCGCUGUAAGCUCGAGCUCCCCUCCACCGUUAGAUCUCGCAUGUACGCCGUAGAUUAG